AUGCCGGAGUCCCCGACCAAGCCCCCCUCGCCGCCGGGAUCCCCGGUCAAUACAGCCACGCCGUCCGCGGCCUCGGCGCUGCUGCGAAUCGCCGUGCUGGCCGUCGCUUUCCUAGCGGUCCAGCUCAUGCUCUUCAAGAACCUCCACAGAUUCCCGACCACGCGCUUCCUCCCGCCCCCGGGACGUUGCAACAGCACCUGGGCUAACGGCGAGGUUGAGCCCGGCGUGUGCGAGGCCGGGAUCAUCUACGUCUACGACCUCCCGCUGGAGUUCAACCAUGACCUGGUCACGCACUGCGAGCGCCUCUGUCCGUGGUACUCGUUCUGCCCGUAUCUGACCGACGGCGGCUUGGGCCGUCCGGCCGCCACGGUGCCGGCCUUCUCCGCCAUCGUGCCCAACGCGUCGAUGCCCAGCUGGUACAACACCGACCAGUUCCCUCUGGAGGUCACCAUCCACCGCCGCCUCCUGUCCCACCGGUGCCGCACCAUCGACCCGUCGCUCGCGGACGCGUUCUAUGUGCCGUUCUACGCCGGCCUCGACGUCGGCAGCCACCUGUGGGGCCUCAACGCCACCGUUGCCGACCGUGACCGCGCCGGCACACGGCUCCUCGAGUGGCUCACGAACCAGACGUCCUUCAAGAAAUCCGGCGGGUGUGAUCACUUCAUCACGCUCGGGCGCAUCACGUGGGACUUCCGUCGGUACUACGACGACGGUUGGGGCACCAACUUCGUGAUCAGGCCCGGGAUGGCCAACGUCACCCGCCUCGUCAUCGAGGCCGACCGGCUUGACCCCCUGGACGUCGGCGUCCCGUACCCGACUGGCUUCCACCCGCGCACCGCUGCCGACGUGCGCGCGUGGCAGCGGCACGUGCUGUCCCUCAACCGCACCAACCUCUUCGGGUUCGCCGGCGCCCAGAGGUCGGGGUUUAAGGACGACUUCAGAGAUGUGCUGUUGGAGGAGUGCGAGGACGCUGGGAGAGCGCACUGCCGCUCCGUGGACUGCAGCGGCACGAAGUGCAACGACAAUGCCACGACGGUGAUGAACCUGUUCCUCGAUUCCAGGUUCUGCCUGCAGCCGCGCGGGGAUAGCUACACGCGGCGGUCCCUGUUCGACUGCAUGGUGGCCGGGGCCGUGCCGGUGCUGUUCUGGCGGAGGACGGCGUACGACCAGUACCCGUGGUUCCUGCCGGUUGGCGAGCGGGGGAAGGAGAGGGAGUGGUCGGUGUUCAUGGACCGGCAGGCGCUGCGUGUGGGCAACGUGAGCGUGCUGGAUGUUCUGCAGGGGUUCAACGAGCAGCGGGUCCGGCGGAUGCGGGAGCGAGUUGUGGAGAUGAUCCCCAGGCUGGUGUACGGCUCGUCGUCCGACGGGCUCGGCGACGGCAUGGAAGACGCGCUGGAUGUGGCGCUGAGUGGCGUUGUCAAGCGGUUCCGCCGGCGCCGGCGGAGCAUUGCGCGUGAAAAAGACGGCCCUCCUGCUCCUCUGGCCGCUCGACGCGUCAACGGCACAUCGACGACGCCUCCUGCUUCCAACGGCAACAAUAGGCCGGUGAUCCGGCGGGGGCGCCGCCGAUACGUCUCACGGGAUAGAUCGAGGAGGGCGUUUUGGCCACACAUAAGAACCGUCAUCCCCCCAGCACCGGCAUCAGGACGCCAAAGCUUGCAAACAUCAUGA